GCCACUCGCAGCUUUUCGUUAGUUAUUAUUUGACCAAAGCUGCUUCUCUCUCAAAAUCUCUCUCUCACUCUCAUACAAUCGCUUAUUUGCAGGAGUAAAAGGGUAGGCUUUUCUACGAUGCCCUAUCUUCCAGCCUUUCUCGCGAUAGCCUGAAUCCCGUUUUUUCUAAUUUCCCCCUUUUUAAAUCUAUUAUGCACUAGCGUUGCUGGUCUCUUCUGAGUUUUUAGCUGUUGUUUGUAGAGAGAGAGCAGACAGGUAAUUACUAAUUACUGUCGAGAGAGAGUUGAAGAUUAGAUAGUGAAAAAUGAGUGAUGUGAAAAGGAGAGAGCAUUUGAUUCCGGCCUCGUCUUCACAAAAGCUUCCUGAUUUUAAAAAAUCUGUGAAAUUGAAGUAUGUGAAGCUUGGAUAUCAUUACCUCAUCACUCAUGGAAUGUACCUAUUUUUGUCUCCUCUGUUGGUUAUUGUUGCUGCUCAACUCUCCACAUUUUCUCUCCAAGACCUUUCUCUGCUUUGGGACCAUCUCCGGUUCAAUCUCAUAUCGGUUAUUGUUUGCUCCACCCUCUUGGUCUUCUUGACGACCAUGUAUUUUGUCACGCGCCCUAGCCCCGUCUAUCUUGUGGAUUUCUCGUGUUAUAAGCCGGAUGACGAUAGGAAGUGCACCAGGCAGAUUUUUAUGGAGAGAUCAGGCUUGACCGGCUCUUUCACUGAUCAGAAUCUUCAGUUCCAGAGGAAGAUUCUUGAGAGGUCGGGUCUCGGUGAGGACACUUACCUCCCCGAGGCUGUGCUGAGGGUUCCACCGAAUCCUUGUAUGGCUGAGGCAAGAAAAGAAGCUGAGAUGGUCAUGUUUGGUGCGAUUGAUGAGUUGCUUGCCAAGACCUGUUUGAAGCCCAAGGAUAUUGGGAUUUUGAUUGUGAAUUGUAGCCUUUUCAAUCCUACUCCCUCUCUCUCUGCAAUGAUUAUCAACCAUUACAAGCUGAGGGGGAACAUCGUUAGUUAUAAUCUUGGUGGGAUGGGUUGCAGCGCUGGUUUGAUAUCGAUAGAUCUUGCUAAAGACCUGCUGCAAGUGCACCCGAAUACGUAUGCUCUGGUUGUCAGCAUGGAGAACAUCACGCUCAACUGGUAUUUCGGGAAUGAGAGGUCCAUGCUCGUUUCCAACUGCCUAUUCCGUAUGGGAGGCGCUGCCAUUUUGCUGUCGAAUAAAAGAUCCGACUACUGGAAAUCCAAGUACCGGCUGGUGCAUACUGUCAGAACCCACAAAGGUUCGGACGACAAAUGUUUCUCCUGUGUCACGCAGAUGGAGGAUCCUAGUGGGGAAGUGGGAGUUUCUCUGUCCAAGGAGUUGAUGGCUGUGGCUGGUGAUGCCUUAAAGACCAAUAUCACAACGUUGGGCCCUCUUGUGCUACCAAUGUCCGAACAAUUGCUCUUCUUUGCUACAUUGGCAGGGAGAAAGUUGUUGAAGAUGAAGCUGAAGCCAUACAUCCCGGAUUUCAAACUGGCCUUUGAACAUUUCUGCAUCCAUGCCGGUGGAAGGGCUGUGCUCGAUGAACUGGAGAAGAAUCUUCAACUGUCUGAUUGGCACAUGGAGCCUUCACGAAUGACUCUUUAUCGGUUUGGAAACACUUCCAGCAGCUCUCUCUGGUACGAACUGGCAUAUUCAGAAGCCAAGGGAAGGAUCAAGAGGGGAGACAGGACAUGGCAGAUUGCCUUCGGGUCUGGUUUUAAAUGUAACAGCGCUGUGUGGAAAGCUCUCAGGACUAUCAAUCCAGCCAAGGAGAAGAGCCCGUGGAUUGAUGAAAUCGACCAGUUCCCUGUGGAGGUCCCUACGGUCGCUAGUAUAUGAUUCUUAUCCCUUCUUCAAACGUUCUGCAAGCUACUAUGUAUUGGUGAACUAAUCUUCUGCAAUUGCAAGUCUACUUUAUAUUUUACCUCGCAUUAGAAUUGAUCUUAGCUAGGGAUGUAUUUAGACAAUUGGAGCCGCAUUUCUAGGCUUUUGAAAUUAUUUCAAAAACUAUUUAAUUCUUCAA